AAAGUUUUAAUCAGUGAUUGCAGAAAAGAAAAACAAAAAUAAAAUAAAAAUUAUGAAUGAAUUUUUAAAUCCAACAACAACAACAACACACUAUAAAAAUAACAAAAUGUGUAAAUAUACAACAAUAACAAAUAAUAACAAUAAAACCCAUAGUCAUCACUACAACAUGAAACUACCAAAAGGAAUAGGAGGAUUAUCUCAUCAUUUAUUAUUUGUCAUGUUCAUAAUAAUGAUACAACAAAUACAGUUUUUACCCGGCUGCUCAGCUUUAGUUUUUAUGAUGACACCACCAUCACUUACUGACAACAUAGCAGCUGCUACUGUACCAGAAAAUUCACAGAUUUUGACAGCUAUGACAGAGACAAACAUGAACUUAACUACCGAUACGGCAGCGGCGCCGUCAGCAGUGACAACAGCCAUAACGUCCACCCCAAUUUCAACGAAUUCACCACCCCAACGUCGACCACCACCACGUGUUACUCUCAAUAAGUGCUGUUUAUUUGGCGAGUAUUUAGAUAAAUCAAAGACUUGUGUGGCGGGUAGUUCAGAACUCUGGAUACCUUUGAUUUAUCUAAUAAAUCGUAAAAAACAUCAUGAACCUCCAGGUACUGCUCCGAAAUUUAUCACCUUUGAAGAUAAUAUAUUUCCUAUAAGUCGUGCCCGCAAUAUUAAUGAGAUUGAAAGAAAUUCAACAGAGGAUGAGGUGACCUGUACCGUGGAGGACUUGGAAUUGAUAACGGGUAAUCAUAAUAUAGUACUAUUCUCCAAUGGUUCUUUGUUCUUGCCUGAAAGAGCCAUUUCAUUGCCACCCUCACGUUAUUGUGUAGAUCAGCAAGCUGCCUUAGUUUGCUUUCCAAAAUCGAAGGAAACUCUUCCCACGCUUAAGCUUAAGAAGUGUUGUGGUCAACAUGGAGCCUAUGAUGAUGAAAUGAAAAAAUGUCAUAUAGAUGCUGGACAUAAAAGGAAACUAAGUAUUUCCCAUUUGGAAGAAAAUGAAUAUCAAACCAUUUAUGGUUUUCCAGAAUGCAAGACGGGAUCAACAACUUUUGCUAUAGCGGGAGACUGGGAAGCUUCUCAAUUAUACACGGAAUCAGGACAUUUACACUUGCCCACACACAAACUGAAUCUCACGUCCACUGAUUAUUGCUUGGAAUAUUUACGCACAAAUAAUGGAUCUUCGGAUACUUUGAAAAUUUUUGCUUGUUUACAUCAUUUUGGGCCGGAGGAUGAAUAUGGCACCAAUGAUUCUAAUAGAAGACAAAAUGCAGCCUUAAGUUUUGGUCUAGUCAUAUCUGUGGUGUUCUUGGCAGCCACUUUGGUGGCUAGUUACUUAAUGCCUUCGGUACAUCAUGUUCUACACUGGAGAUGUCAAAUUUAUUACGUUUUUUGCCUAUUCAUAGCAGAGCUGCUGUUCUCCUGGAUACAAUUGUCCAAGACCAUGGUUUUACAUGAGGGUCUUUGCAAUUUGGUGGCCAGUGCCAUGCACUUUUUCUUUCUGUCUGCCUUUUUCUGGCUAAACACUAUGUGUUUCAAUAUCUGGUGGACAUUUAGAGAUUUCCGUCCUAGCUCUUUGGAACGUAAUCAAGAAUUAAUAAGACUGCGUCUGUACUCAGCCUAUGCCUGGGGUAUACCACUACUUAUAGCCACCAUAGCGGCCUGUGUAAAUCUUAUACCAGAAUCUUCCCUUUUGAGACCGGGUUUCGGCGAAAGCAAUUGCUGGUUUAGCGGUGAACGUUUGUCAAUAUUUGCCUAUUUCUUUGGACCCAUAGGCAUACUCUUAACCGUCAAUAUAAUGCUUUUCGUCUCGACCACACAUCAAUUAACCUGUGGUCUUUGGAAGCGUGAUGAUGUCAAAUCAACUACGGAAAAAACUGCCUUAGGAAAGGUGUGCCUCAAGUUGGUGGUAGUAAUGGGUGUAACCUGGAUUGUUGAUGUUUUAUCUUGGAUUGUGGGUGGUCCACAGUGUUGGUGGUUUGUCACCGAUUUCAUUAACGCCAUACAAGGUGUUUUCAUUUUCCUGGUGGUUGGCUGUCAGCCACAAGUUUGGGCCGCCUGUAAACGUUUCUGUUGCCCUCGUUCGCGUGGAGAAAUAACAAAUACCACAAAUGGCGUACAACAUUCUUCAUCUUCGCAAGGUUUACCAUCUAUGGCUGCAUGCGGUGGCGAAAUAACACAAAACACUUCAGUGGCUAAUACCACAAUGAAUGGUGGCAGCAGCGGAGGUGUACACAACACUUCAUCUAUAGCGAAAAUUCCCAUGGAGACUGUGUGCUAACAAAGCAAUGGCAACGAAAUAUUAUUGGAAUAAAAUUCGCAGACAAUGAAGAACAACAACAAAAAAAAGAUGAAGAAACAUUACAAAAGUAUUUCAUUUAUACUUCUUUGAAUAAAAGAAUGUAAAAUGAUAAUAAACUCAAUGACAACUAAAAAAAAACAAUUAUAAAACUGAUCAUGAUCACGAUCAACCAACAAACAACAGUGACUUCAAGCAGUCAAACGACAUAAAGUUAUAAUAUAAAGUUGAUGACUAGGAGGAUGCUGAUGAUGAUUAUGAUCAUGAUAAAUUUCUAUUAUUACGACGAACUGGGAUAUUAAGUUAUUUUAAUAUAAUAAUUAAAAAACAAAAUAAUACUUGAAAACAGUAUUCAACUAAAACAUAUUAUUCAUAAGAAAAAUUAAGAAACACUUAUUAACACACAUUUAGACAAACUAAAUUCAUUUUUCUAUGUAGACUUGUGUGUUGCUAAGUAUUUUGUGUAUAUAUUGUAUGUGAUUUAAACUAAAAAUUUUAAAUUUUUAAAUUAUAGUAUAGAAAACUAAAACAGAGAGAGAAAGAAAAAAAAAAAACUAUAACAUCUUUAUAUAAUGAUAAGGCAGCUGCUGGGUUUCCAAAUGAAAACACAUUAGAGUCCACACAACAUCAGCCCGAAAACAAUAACAACCAAACAACCAAUAAACCUACAAUAAGGAAUUCAAUAUUUUUUUGUUGUAAAGUUUUUUCUUUUCUUUUUUUUUUGUGGCCUCCACAUUUGAAAUCAAUUCUGUGGCUGUUGAAUUGUGAUGUGAUUUGAUUUUAAUUAAAUGACGACAACAAGACACUCGCACAAAACCUCAUCAUCUACACUUCCAUAGCCCCAUAUGUUACAAUACAUUUGUAUCCAAAACCGCAAUCCAACAACUAACAUCAACACUAACAAAAGUACAUACAUAUUUUUUAUAAACAAACUGCAGCUACAACAAAAACCAAAAUUAUAAGGAACGUUGCAAGUUCUCCGUUUUCUUUCUUUUUAUAAGGCUUCCUUAGUUUUUUUCUUUUUUAUUAAUUUAAUUUUUUUUCAUAUUGACUCAGUUUCAAUGUUUAAUUUAAACGUUCUGGUUUAUUUAUAUAUUUUUUCAUUAAUUUCAUUAUUACUUUGUUAUUCAUUUGGUGUCUGUUGGACUGGCCGUCUGUCUGUCGGACUUCCAAAUUCUUUUGUUUAAUUAAUUCAUAUUUGAAGUCUGUGUUAAAAAAAAAACCUUAAAUUUGUAUUCACUUUAUGUGGAUCACCUAAAAAAAAAAUCAAAAAUUUGUGAUAUCUAAGGAGACCAUCAUACCAUUAACAAAAUAAAUAUGAACAAAAGUUUAUAGUAAAACUGAUUUCUUUUUAAAAUGUAUACAUAUUUUUUUAGGUUAAAAACUCCUUUUUGCUUCGAACUAAUUAUUCUUACCAUUUAAGGUAUUUAUGCUAAAAAAGGCAAUAUUUUGUUUUAAAUAUGUUUCAAGGGCAAAUUAUAGUUCUUGAAUUUGAUGCGUUUUAACCUUCGUACUACCAAACCACAUUACAUAAGUAGGCUUUCAAAUCCACACAGCAAGAUUCUUUGUGUUUUACAAAUAAUUUAUUUCAAAAUUUAAUCACUAAAAUAAAAAAACUCCCUCCAUCCGAGUCCAUCAAGAUUUACCCUGAAAGGAAAUUAAUUGUUAAAGUAUUCGAUAUAUUCUAUUAAAAUUUAAAGAAUUAAGUUUUGUUUUCACAAAAGUUCCGUUAUAAAUCAAUGAUUGAAAAUCGAAAACUUGGAAUAGAUUCGGUAGAGAGAAGCUUAGAAGAUUCAUGGGAAUUUUUCAUGAAUCGUUUUAUGAUGACAUGCCUGCUAAAGUUUGACUUAAUUGACUUCUUUUUAACAAAAAUUUUCAGCAACUUUAAGAAACAUUUUUUUCCAGUUAUCCGUAUAUAUUCCCUAGUCUAGAUAUCAUUUAAAAUGCUUUAUAAAGGGCGGCUAAAAAAUACGCAGCCGGUAGUGCAAAGACUAAAAGUCUUCUGAAAUUUUCUAUUGAUUAGUUUAAAACUGUUUUUGUAAGUCUUUCAAAGUAUUUACAAAUAUUUUGAGAGGAAAACUGACUCAAAACAAGUCCCAUCAAUGGUUCUUCGGUUUUUAUUCUAACACCUUAUAUGAAAAAGAUUUGACCCUUUUAGUUAGAAGUAAAUUGACUUCUAGACAUUACUUUUUUCUCUAAUUAGUUCCUUUCAGUCAAUUUACCUCAAAAGUUGUUUAAAGUUGGUUGUGUGCAAUCAUUUUUUUUAAUUUUACUUGAUUCAAAAGAGUCAUAUGAUCCUCUUCAGAUUAUCAUGAUCGCAACCUUUAAGUUUUGCUUUAAGACUUCAAGAUAGCUCUUUAAAAUGCAGAGAAUAUUCUAAUUUUUUCCUGUUAGCACUCCUUAAGUAAUCUGUAUUCUUGAUUUUUGUUUUUAAGGGACAUAUGAUCCUCUAUAAAUCAGAUUCAGCCUAGAAUCCAGAGAUGUAUUUCAUAUAGAUGACAGCAUAAUGAUCUUUACAUUAUAAAUCUCUUAAAACUAGAUAUCGGCAAAGAACACUUUUUAAAACUGAAGAGUGUCUAAUUUAGAUUAAUCUUGAAUAUUUUCAAAGCGUCUAAUGUAUAGCGGAUAACAUAAAUCAACUUUAUGAUCACAAUCUUUAAUAUGUGCUUCACCGAUCGAUCUUUUUAAUAUUUCAUUGGGUCAAUCUAUUCCCAGUCUUUAGGAAAUAUGAAAUGGUAAGGUCUCUUUAAAACAGAUAUCGACAAAGAACCCUUUUGAAAACUAAAGCUGUUUCAAUGAAAUCUUUUCAACUUGAUAUUCUUUAUAUAAUAAGGCCACUUUAAAGCAGAUACCGGCAAAAAGCUCUCUUUUCUUUCAUACCUAAAAAAAAUAAAUAUACAAAAACAAUUAGUCGAUCUGUUGAUAUCUGGUUGAAACUUUGGUUUCUUUAAACCAGAUAUUUGUAAAGGAACAACUGAAAAGUGUCUAAUACAAAUGAAAGUUUUCUCAGAGCUUUUCAAUCUGACGAUCCUUGCAUGUUCAGAUCUUUUUAAAACCUUUCACAUUAAGCAAAGAGCUUAUUAGUCGCAGAUGCAAAGGCAAGGGAGAUCUUUGCUAUUAGCUGCUUUAAAGUUAAUAUAAGCAAGAGAGUUAUUUGCCUAAAUCUGCUAUCUAUAAAGAGAGAGAGAGACAAGUUAGCUUUUCUGAUUGAUUUGGUAUAUUACUUAUUAUACGAUUCGACAAAAAACAGUUCCUGAAGAGAAUUUUUAACCGAUAACUGCCUUAAACAGACUUUUUAUCUCUCAAUUAAGCAAGGAACUGAGUUAGUGUAAAUACAGCGUAAAUGCCCCGAAGUAAAUUUCAUUCUGGAACUUUCCCCCAAAACAUUAAUUAACUUCUAAUACAUUUCAUUUUCCCCCUAAUACUUUUAAAAUAUUAUUUGUUAUGUACAAACAACAAAAAAAAAAAGAAAAUUCUACCGAAAAAAACAACAAAUAAACAAAUUCCCCGAAGUCAUGUGUAGAUCAUUUAAUUAAAAAAAAGAUGUUUAAACAAAAUCUCCCAUAGCUCUACUGUUUACUAAAGCUUUAAGAUAUUUUUUUGUGUUAAUUUAGCAUAAACAAAUUAAUUUGCAAACCAUUAAUAUAAUUAUAUUUUUUUUAUAUGUACAUACAACGCCGCUCACACACCAUUUAGAGUCUUAUUAUUUUUCUUUUCUUCUUGUUUUUAAAUUUAUUAUACAUAUUGUUUAUUUACUUUUGCUAAAUUUCUUUUUUUUUACACAUUUUGUUAAUUUAUUUUGUAAUUUAAAAUUUUAAGUUGAAGAACAAAAACGAGAAACUAUUUUAAAGUACAAUUUUCACUUAAUGAACAAUUAUUUUUAAUUUUUUUUUAAUUUUAUUAUUAUAUAUUGUUAAUUUUUGUUUAAUGUUUUUUGUGUAUUAUUUUAAA